GCCUUUUACUUUUCGCGUAUGCAGUUCCUGGCCAGCCUCAACCUUGUCAUUCGCGCCCUGCUCAGGCCGCCGUCUUCAUCGUCAUGACCACCACCGCUGCUUCCUCUAGAUCAACUCACACUACUGCUCGCCGCAUCUCAUCGUCCUCGUCUCCUUCACCGACGCCGCCUCCAAUUGCAAGAGGCGCCACCGCUCGUUCGGCAGUCUCUCCUCGCGUCUCGUCCACCUUGAAACCAGCUCCAGCUCGCCGCGGGUCUAUCAAAGCGCCAUCAUCCGAUGGAAGAGGAGAGUCUCUGUCAGAGUCCCUCAAGCAUCAAACGGAGCAAAAGGAGCAGUUGCUCGUCCAACUUCAGGACAAAGAACAAUCCAUAUCGACCUUGGGCGUCGAGAAUCACCAACUCACAACCGCGUUAAGCGCAGCACAAGUCAGACUCAACGAACUCUACGCAGAGCAGAGUCGCUCGGAAAUAGAGCUGGCCCAGCGGAUAGAUAUCUCCGAGAAACUUAGAGAUCAAGUACGUGAAUUAGAGAGGGAGAGGAGAGAUAUUCAGAGACGAUAUAAUGAGCAGACAGCGACCUUCGACGCCGAGCGACAAGCUUUUUACGACAACGAACAGCACCUUAAAUCACGUAUUCAAUCCAUCUCGCAGGGCAUAAAACGACCUGCCCCUGCCGUCCCUCAUACCGAUAUUGAAUUCGACGCAGAAACUGACUAUGAAGACGAACCCGUUGCAUCUCGCAGGCCCGAGACGCCUAAGCAGGAUUUGAAUGACCCAGAGCAAGAGCCCGCAGAGAUGACUUCUCUUCGGUUGGAACUAUCCACGCUAUCUACUUCCCAUGCAUCCUUGCAGAAUACGCUGCUCCUCUUGCAGACCCAGCUUCUUGACCUCAAACGCGUUAAUCACGAAUUACAAGAUGAGAACGAGAGCUACAUGAUAUUGUUAAGAGAGAAGACGCUCAGCGGACAAUUUGAUGUAAUGAAGCAAAUGGGGAGUGCUGGUCAGGAUGACGAUGACGAUGACGAUAACGAUAACGACGCCGACAGCACAGAUGUCGGCAGUCUUCGUAGCAACGGGAGAAGCACACUCGAACGCGUUGAUGAAGAGCAAGUUUCUCACCUCACUUUUGAGCAGGAGCUCGAGAGAAGUUUAGAACCUCGGGAUACCGACUCUGUUUCGUCGCGCAAUGGCAGAACCACCAAACAUGGACGUAGUCGUGGUGCAUCCCACUCUCCGAGCAGCGGUCCUCGUGGUGAGUCCUUGGCGGAUCUUCCCAUCACCGGCCCGGGGCUUGAUUUGGCGGCCGAGCUUGGAAGAGCUGAAAACAAGGAUAUUCUCUCUGGCGACGCCAUUGAUGACCGUGACCGUUCAGUUUCGAACAAUAAGGCUAAACAGCCGAAGAAAGGCUCGGAGGGCAGAAAUGUUUCAAUGUCUGAUGACAACGAUGGGUCUAGCAGUGACCUUGAUGCUCUCCGCACCGAGGUCAAAGUGCUCAAAGAUGCUAACAAGGCGCUAUCACUUUACGCUUCCAAGAUCAUUGAUCGUAUUAUCUCCCGGGAAGGCUUCGAGCACGUCUUGGCUGUGGAUUACGAUAAAGAGCCGCCUACACCCUCUACAGCAGUGCCUAAAUCUAAUAAUACUUCCAAGCCACGACCUCAGUCUACCACUACCUGGCGUUCCUCAUCGAACACCGAGGCUUCACGUUUAAACUCUCCUGUUUCUGCAACACCCAAACUCUCCUCACCACCGAUGCCUAAGGUGCAACGCCGAUCUCUUUCAUUUGAUUGGAAGAGUUUCUCAAUCUUUAAUCAAUUGGACAAGAAGCCCGAGACGAAUUUACGACCUUUAACACUUACGCCUGGUGCAAACGCUGUGACAGGCGCCAGGAAAUUAGAAACCCAAGAAGAUGAGGAGGACCGCAAAGAAAGAGAAAGGAUGAAUGCCACGUUGAAGUUGAUGGGUAUUCAACCUCGGUCACCAGCUCCUAUACAGAAGUCUUUCUCGUCUCUCACUCCUUCACAUACGCCUCUGUCACCUCCUACCACCACUUCCACGGCCGCCACUGCAUCCAAGCGAUUUUCAUGGUUUAAUUCGCGGUCUACCACUGCGGACAAUUCCGAAACCUCGUCCGUCAACUCAAGCCCUUCUCUGGGCAAUAAUGACAACACUCGAAUUGGUUCGGAUCUAACUCAAGAAGCAUUAGAGCAAGCUGAGGCGCAAAACUCUAUCGCUGCUUUAGACGCACAUGAGCGAUCCCUGAGCGCAGAGAUUGCCCGUGGAUCUGGCAGUGGGUUCACUGAGAUAUCGCCUCGGAGUGGCCGGCGGAGUAGAAGAAGUGCGGGAGGCAGUGGUAGUGGAAGCACGGUAUGGAGCGCCGGUAUAGGCGAGGAAGGAGAUGAUUAAAGUUGGUCUAAUUGAGUUUUGCUCUCACUUACAAUGGUUGCUUGGUUUUUUUUAAAAAAAACUCUUACAGUUACCCCAGAGAUUUGUUAAUAUGUAAUUUGGUACGGAACAAGCACAUCUAUAUACCCCUCUGCGCCUCGAACCGCU